GGAAAAAGUGCUAUAAGUAAGAUUAAUUAAUAUACGAAUGAAGAAAAGUUUUCUAACGGGUAAAUGGAAAAUCGAAAGUAUUUCAGCCAAGAAGGCAAGGAGGCGAAAAAUUUUUACCACCUGUCGGAUGAUGGUGGUGAUCCUCAGAGAAGUCCUCCCAAAAGGCCAAUGUUGAGCAUAAGACCUCGCGCAAUACAAUCGCAUGUGUCGCAGCGACAAAAAUCACUAAGCAAAUCUGUGCCUCGAGUGCGAAGCGCCUCAACGGGACGAGAUAAAAAGUCGGAGUUGCAAGCACGAUAUUGGGCCUUUUUGUUUGGUAAUUUGCAACGGUCGGUGAAUGAAAUCUAUCAAACUGUAGAAUGUUACGAGAACCUUUCGUCUUGCAAGGAGGCUAUAUUGGUAUUGGAAAACUAUAUACGUGAUUUCAAAGCGCUCGCUGAGUGGUUCAAGGUGUCAUGGGAUUAUGAGGCUACGCCAUUGCCUCAGAGGCCACAUUCCCUUGCAUGGGAAGUGCGCAAAAGUAAUCCUGUUCCUCGAGUUCGGAAACAGCUGUCGAGCCCGGGAAUAUCGGGUAAAUCUAGUCCAAGCUUUUCCGGCAAAAACAGCCCCUGUCCGGUGGCAGAAGAGCCAUGUUCCGUAAAUUCACCGAAAAAAUCUCAUUCUUCUACUGAGAGUCUUAGUAAGAAAUGUAAUUCGAUGAAAUCAGCCUGUGCCGAGACGAGGGACACUACCGGUCCAACUGAGGAAUCGAUCGCGUCGUACAAUUGUGGCACUAUUGAUACGUAUGUGCUAAAGCUAGACCAGUAUACUCAAACAAACCUGGAAGACGAGAAUCUUACAUUAGCGGAGUACUUGGAAAAAUACGACAAACAGCCAUGUAGUGGAUGUAUUACCAGUGAAGUUGAAACUGAAAAGGAACAUAAAAAAGAUCUAUCGCUUGAAAAUAAGGCUCACAAUGGUGCUGCAGUAGAAGAGAAAAAACAAUCUACUGGUAACGAUUUAAAAAGUGAUCAAAUGUUGCAAAAGACUGCGUUUAAAAACAACGGCACCUUGAACGUGACAGUAGCCAAAUCGGGUGUUACCCGUGGAGGUGUGCAAGUUAAGCCAAAUUCGGCGCCAAAGCUAGUCGGUGUUCGAGGAACAAUUGUUCGACCAAUCGGACAAACCGGAAUGGUACGAAAAUCUGCUACUACUGUGUCUAUAUCGCAAACGAGUGCAAAAAUUGCCUCAAAUCUUCCUACCAAAAGUGCCACAGUAUCUAGUAUGUCUUCGAAUACAUCCUCGAUGAAAACAUCUACAGUUCGUAAUGGCAUAAAACAAUCGUGUGUUUCAAAAUCGGGCUACGCACCAAAAACGUUGAUGGGAUGUAAUACGGCAUCACCAGCGUCUCGAUUGGCAGUUCGUUCCAAAACGAUGAUUGAGGUGACAUCGUCCGGGCGUACGAAGGCUCUUUCGUUUUCACAAAAUGAUCCACGGAGACGUUCGACAACCAAGUUGUCAUUCGAAGAGAAUCGAUCGAAGGAAGAAAUAUACAGUUCUAGCUCGACACUGAAAGCUUCGACCGAUCGGCUAGGAUCGAGAAAUUCAAUUGCUAGUGGCGGUAAGGUAAAACCACCAUUAAUGAUCCACUCCAAGCUUAACGAUCGACGAUCAGAACCUAAAACUAUGCCGUCUAGUGAUGUCGCAAAUAAUGACGGUUGGUAUACGGUGAAAACCAAACGAAGAUCAAGUUUACUUUGGGCGACUCGCUUCAACCAGCCAACUGGUUACGCAAGUUUGCCAACGCUAGCACUGUUGGAUGAAAAUGCCUCCAAUAAUAGUACAAGUGCAGAAGCGACAAAACCUUUACAAACAAAGCAAAAUGUGGAUUACAGUAAUGCUAGUGCCGAAAGAAAUCAUUCUCAACGAAUGUCCAAACGGGUGGUAGAAAAAUCUUCGAAACCAGCGAUACAAAGUAACUUGGUUGUAUCGAAAGUGAACGAAUCAACAACGCAUUCAACAAAUGUUUCAAAAUGUACCAAGAUGUUAUCUUCUCAACACGUGAAGUCAGUUCCUGCCACGACAGAACAUGCUUCAAAGCAUCAACAUCUAGCACAAAUUGAUCGAAGUGUUUUCUCAAGACAAAAAUCUGACCUAACGGGCUUAAAGUUGAAGACGCUACAUAGGGAAUUUCUACGCAGUGAAAAAUUGAAAUUAAAAAAUGUUGACCAGCAAUCUGGUACAGUUGAAAAGCUUUCAAAUGAGAGCACAAGUUCAUCAGGUGUAGCAUCUUCUGCCUUGUUAGAUAUCGAUAGUAUAAACCAUCUUAACAUGGUGGAUAUGAACAUUCAAACAAACAUCAAUGCUACAGCAAUCGAUUACUUAUAUGCAAGUUGUUUGGACGAAUCUGCUGAGCUAACCGGUGGAAGCAAGGAAUCGAUUGCACGGUAUAUCGAUCUUCCCAGUCAAUGCACGAGUGAUGAUCAGGAUGAUCAAGAACGCGAUGAUUUGGAAAGCGAUGAAGAUCAACGAAAACUGUUAGAAGAACAAGAGAGUUUGGAAGCACAGAUACGAGAACUUGAAAAUACUGAAAUUGAUUUCGACACCGAAACGGAUGAGACUGAUUGCGAGGCAAUAAUUGACUUCGAGGAUACUGAUGGUACUGUUGAGAGUGGAACUGAGCGGCAAAGCGACGCUGUCGGUGUUGGAGGUGAGGACGAUGAAGAAAUUACGCUGGAAAUGCGUUAUGAGGAGGUGCUAGCCGAUAUGGAUUGGGUUGACAGAGCUCGUACGUUAGACACGUUAAAAGCUAUUGUUGCGCGGCAUCCUGGCCGGGCGCAACAGCUUCACGCUAAAUUAUCGAGUCCCUCCCGGAGACGAUCGUUACACGAAACUUUAAAGAAAUAUCAGGCCAAACAAACUCGAGCCUUGGAAAAACGGCAAGCGCUGCAAAAAGAAAAAGCAUUGAAGAUACAGCAUUUGUUGGCUCGUGUGGAAGACGUAAAGGCUGCAAAACACUGUUUGAUAGAGAAGAAGCGCCUUCGAAUGGAAGAACGAUUGCAAAGAGCUGCUGAGAAUCGAACGCAAUACCUGAAGCAUAAAAUAAAAAAGGCACACGAUGAGGAGGAAAAGUUGAAGGAAAUUGCAUUCAUAAAAAAUUUGGAAGCACAAAACAAGCGACUUGAUUUCCUAGAAUCUUGCAAGGAACAGGAAGUUCGAUUGCAGGACCUAGAAACGGAAAGGCAGAAGCGGGCUGAAGAGAAGGCAGCAAAGGAGGCCGCUGUUGAGCGGCGUCGGCAAGAGAUCGAACAGGAGCGACAAAAAAAAUUGCAACUGAUGAGUGAGAACAGACGCGAACGUGAGAAACGGGUUGGCAAGAUGCAGGAACAAAAAGAACGAGAGCGUCAAGCGUUGGCACGGGAGAAAGCGCGGGACAGAGAAGAACGGUUACUGGCGCUUCAACAACAAAAGCAGGCAACUGCGGAGGAGCUACAACGAAAGAUAAUUCUGAAACAGCAAGAAUCGGCUCGUCGCCACGAGGAAAAUAUAGAGCAAAUUCGUCAACGUGCUGUUGAAUUGGCAACGAUUCCUAGCCGCAGCGUAGAUGAACUGAGGAACGACGAGCACGAUGACGAAAACUCAAGCAUCAGUGAAAAGGACAGUGCUAACGGUGGAGGGGGAAAUGUUUUGCCCAAAAUUAACAAGAAAAAAGUGAAAAAAUUACGCUCGAAGCUAAUGGCUGCUGCGGAGGAAUACCUCAAUGAACUUAGUCCUCUGGCCCCGUCGAUACGUAAGCAAAGCCAAGUACCGCGUUUGUUGAGCACUAUUUCAAAAGGUGGUUCUGGUAUGCUUGGGGUCGAAAGACCCAUCGGUCAACUGUUACGUCUUAUCGCGAAAGCAGAGGUAGCGGAUUUUCAAUCAUUAUGGCUUUUGGAUGGUUUAAAUACGAUUGCCUCGGUUAUAGAAAGUGGAUUCAGGCCUGGCACAGACGUAUCGAAAAAAGCUGUAGUCCUCUCGGUGCAGUUGUAUCGCAAUGCAUGUACGCUAUGCCCGCAAAUUGCCAGGCAUGCUGUAUUAGGAAGUUCCAUAUUGGUGCUAUUGAAUGGACUAUUACUUUCUCUAAAGAUGCCGGAAGAAAAAAAUACGUUGUUUCCUGUAGAACUUUCGACUGAGCUAUUACUGGCGAGUACCGUUGCUCUUUUGCCAACGAGUCCUUCACCAAAGCAGGCGACACACCCAAAGGUUGCGGAACGCCUUCCAGAUCUACUGAGCUACAUCGUAAGCAUUGGCCUCGUGGAGCAUUUGGUGAAGCGAAUCGAUAAAAUACACGAGUCGAUUGAAAACCAAACUAGUCUCGUACUUUCGCUGUUGGCCUCACUAGGCCUUUUGACUAAGUUGGUUGAGAUUUGUCCCAAAGGAGCUGAUAUUACCAAACUCAUCCAGACGGCGCAGACAACGGAGCUGUUUGGGACGAUCUCGCUACUGUAUGCAGCCGUUGUUCCCAUUGGUGAAAGCAUUCCUCCCAGAACGACUUCCUUGGCGGCGGCAACUUUUAAUCUUCUGGUGACCUUUGCCAACCUGAACGUUGAGGCGUUCCAGGCAGUAUUAAUAGAGCAACAACUUUCGUUAAAGUUCCUCGAUGUCAUCAGUAUACUAUUACAGUACUGUGUCCCAAAGGCGGACGUAAAAAGUGAAACACAGACUGUGAUAAUCGACUUAAUAGCAACGUUAGGUUUCUUCUGUGCCAAUAAUAAACUCAAUCAGGAUUUGCUAACGUCCGAUCAGUACACAGGCGUAAUUAAAAAUUUCGCCAAACUUCCCAAACAAUUCGACAUACUAACGUAUCCCACGUUGGUCACCAUAAUACAUGACAACUCAAGUGCCAGGACAGUGGUUGCCCGAGACUUCAGUGUAGAGCUGCUGGACGAGUUUAAGAGGUCUGAGAUGGCAAAGAAGAACCGUAUUCUAUCCCUUCUUGUGUAG